GGAUUCAGAACCUGACUAGGAAGGAUCGGCUGCUCAAGGGUAGCUGGGACUGAAGUCCCUAUGACCUUUUCACUAGAGGCUAGCAUUCUGGAGGACAGUUGGGACUUGGUUUUUCCUGCAAUACAGUGGAUACAAUUUGUCAUGGCUACUCUGAGUGUUAUAGGUUCAAGUUCACUUAUUGCCUAUGCUGUAUUCCAGAAUAUACAGAAAUCUCCAGAGAUAAGACCACUUUUUUAUCUGAGCUUCUGUGACCUGCUCCUGGGACUUUGCUGGCUCACAGAGACACUUCUCUAUGGAGCUUCAGUAGCAAAUAAGGACAUCAUCUGCUAUAACCUACAAGCAGUUGGACAGAUAUUCUACAUUUCCUCAUUUCUCUACACCAUCAAUUACAUCUGGUAUUUGUACACAGAACUGAGGAUGAAACACACCCAGAGUGGACAGAGCACAUCUCCACUGGUGAUAGAUUAUACUUGUCGAGUUGGUCAAAUGGCCUUUGUUUUCUCAAGCUUGAUACCUCUACUAUUGAUGACACCUGUAUUCUGUCUGGGCAAUACUAGCGAAUGUUUCCAAAACUUCAGUCAGAGCCACAAGUGUAUCCUGAUGCACUCACCACCAUCAGCCGUGGCUGAACUCCCACCUUCUGCCAACACAUCUGUCUGUAGCACACUUUAUUUUUAUGGUAUCACCAUUUUCCUGGGCAGCUUUGUACUCAGCCUCCUUACCAUUAUGGUCUUACUUAUCCGGGCCCAGACAUUGUAUAAGAAGUUUGUGAAGUCAUCUGGCUUUCUGGGGAGUGAACAGUGGGCAGUGAUUCACAUUGUGGACCAGCGGGUACGCUUAUACCCAAUGGCCUUCUUUUGCUGUUGGGGCCCAGCUGUCAUUCUGAUGAUCAUAAAGCUGACUAAGCCACAGGACACCAAGCUUCACAUGGCCCUUUAUGUUCUCCAGCUCUACAGAUACAACUGAGAAAUGCAUAGCCCUGGUACUUUCUGGGAUUUUGAACAAUGAUCCAAAUAUGAGCAACAACAUGUUUCACCUUUCUGAAGGGGUGCCGGCCGGUCUCUCCAGCAGUUAAAAUUUUGAAACGUUUUCUGCAGAUUCAGGGGCAUUUGCACUAGCCUUCUCUCUGUCCGUAUCUCCAAACUAGUCCAUAUAACUAACCAGUAAGUACUAUUUAGCUCCUUAUUGUACCACUUGACCAGCGUGUGUACAUCUGUUACCAUCUGUGCAAUGUUGGUCACAUUAUAUUAUUCCACAUUUGUAAUCACUUAUUGUCAACCACAAGAAACAUUUCUACAUAUUUGGGAAGCAACCAUAUAUGGGGCAUGUGGUCUGGGCUCUAUUCUGCUCUGAAUCCUUAUUUCAAGAUAUGCUGUAAACCAUAUGUUCAAAAUUGUUUGCGUUAUGUUGGUCAGGCUGGUCUUGAACUCCUGACCUCAGGUGAUCCACCCGCCUUGGCCUCCCAAAGUGCUGGGAUUACAGGCAUGAGCCACUGUGCCCCACCAGAAGUCCAGUUCUUAAAAGGUCCUUUAAAGUGCUGAUAGUCACCAAAGAAUCUAGGUCACCUGUUGAUUCUGCAUUAUAGUAACAGUGAUCCUGUGUAAAAGGCAUGCCCAAGCUUUAUUUCUCAUUUUAAUGUGUACAGAUAGGGAAGUUUUUGACUAACAAUCCUUAAUUUUGCUUCAGAUUUAAUAAUAUUCCAUUUUCUCAUAUUAAGACAUAGACCACCUUUUCUCCUUUUUCUUCUAGUCCUCUGAAUAUCAUCAGGUUUCUAGGACGACUAUUUUAUAAUAAAGAUAUUUCCCCCAUUCUCAAAACCCCAUGUAGGGAUUCCUGGAUGAAAAAUAUUUCCAAGGCUAGGCAUGGUGACUCACACCUAUAAUUCCAGCACUUCAGGAGGCUGAGGUGG